UCAAAUGAAGCGUCAUACCGUCCCGUCACCGCCAGAGGUGUGAGAGAUUGCUUUGACCGCCUCUUCUUUCGUUAGCUGUCACGGGAUGUGGGCGGAAUAUAAGUAAGAGAUGGAUCCUGCGUUUCUGCUUAACCCCAAAGGCGAGCGUCGACGAGGGCAAGCCGCUGUGAACGCAACUCCGGUACAGCCUGGUUAUGAUCCCCGCGCUCUCCUUAAUCCCAGGACCGCUUCCAAGCGACCUGCCGCUUCGGACGCUGGUAGCGAACGUGGGCCGGACGACAUCCCUCCCAACGGUCAGGUUUCUCUUGUUGAGCGCCUGCACAAUGUGCAACAAAGGACUGCGUCCCCGGCUAAGCGUCCCAAAACCGAAGACGAGCAUACCCGUCAAGCGACGCCGAAUGUCUCCGGCGGCAGUACUUUGGCUAUGAACGCGCAUAGUCAGGCGUCACCUUCCGCACUACCGACAAAUCCAUCCGCAUGUGUUGAUCUUACCAUGAGUGAAGACGAAUCAGAUGUUCAGGUAGUCAAGGAUAACGGCAAAGAGAUCAUUUGUAUAGGGAAGGUCAAGCAGGCAUACGUCCAAUGCCAUACCGUUCCCAAUCCCGAUCCACAGAAGUACAAGGGCAAUUCUGGAUCGCAGGGCCGUAUCAAAGUCACUCUCCGCCGCGGAGGAAUUGAUAAGAAGACACUCCUUAUCAUGGUCGUCGACCCGACAGGCAAAGAGUUUGGCCGUAUAGACUACCGAACGGCGAAGGCGCUCGCGCCAUUGCUGGACGGCGCACGUCAAACUGGACUUAAGUGGAUUUCCUCGACCGACCCACGGAGGAAACUUCAAGGGGAAGGGCCGCCAGGGUCACCGACGCAGGCGCUUAUAUCCAUUACACUUCAGUUGUACUGUCCUCGCAUGAUUUCAAGCAGUAUUGGGCGAUUCAUGAAGGCGCAAGCGGUAUAUCUUGGUGACCCCAUCCUGGAAAUCGACAAGUACGAUUACUAUAAUCCGCAAAACGCGAAUUCAUACAGUGUCAAAGACAUCUUGCAACCGAACAACGUCCAUGCAACGUACGCGAGGCAGGCUCAGAGCUAUGUGGCAAAUUACACAGUUCGGAGUGUGGAAGAGAUCCGCAAUGACGUGUUGGGCGUGUUCGACAAGAUCACCAAGCAGGAAGACAUUCCACGGCGAUCGCAACCGGCUCUCAUCACAACUAAAUUGCUGAAACACCAGGAGCAAGCACUCCACUUCAUGCUCGACAAGGAGGCGGACUGGACCGAUGACCAGGACUCUUGGAGGGACUCACUCUACAAGGUCGAAACUCGGGACAACGGCCGCAAAUACUACGUUCAUGUGUUAACGGGGGAAAAGUUCAAUCAUCAGCCACCCCGCGCGCGUGGCGGUAUCCUUGCUGAUGAGAUGGGUCUUGGAAAGACACUAAGUAUCUUGUCACUAAUCGCGCACGAGGAGUCCAUGGAGGCAGCGAAGGCGUUUGCUCGGAAAGGCCCCCCUCUCGCGCCGAAUGGCGCACGCCUGCAAACCAUCAACAGCAGAGCCACACUUCUCCUCUGUCCUCUGAGCACCAUGGUCAACUGGAAGACGCAAAUGAACGAACAUUUUGCCCAAGGCCAGGGACUCAAGUGGUGCUACUAUCAUGGCCCUGAUAGGAAAGACUUCACCCCAGAUGCCUUGGCGGACCACGAUCUUGUCGUCACAACCUACAACAUCGUCGGCAUGGAUGCUCUUGACAGGAAGAAGCCGCUGAGUUACAUCAACUGGUUCCGUAUCGUCCUGGACGAGGCCCACCAGAUCCGGUCGGGCACAAGCAAACAAGCCAAGGGUGUCUACGCGCUUGCUGCACAAAGGCGUUGGGCCGUGACCGGUACUCCGAUCCAAAAUCGCCUUGAAGAUCUCGGUUCGUUGUUCAGAUUCCUCGGUGUCAAACCAUUUGAUGAGCCUUCCAUCUUCAAGUCAAACUUCAUUGCCCCCUUCAAGAUGGCCGAUGAAGAAGUUCUCCCAAAGCUUCAACUUCUGGUCAGUUCUCUGACCCUGCGUCGCACCAAGGAAGGAAAUAUCAUUCUUCCGCCUAAGCAUGAUCAGAUUGUGCGUCUGAAGUUUACUGAGGACGAAGAACGGCUGCACAGAACUUUCGAACUGGACUCUUUGCGCCAGAUAACUGCAAUGACGUCCGGGGACAAGCUUGGCUCAACUGCGUACGCCCGCAUCUUGAAGGCCAUCAACUAUCUUCGGCAAAUCUGUGCUCAUGGUCGAGAUCUUCUCAAUGACGAAGCGCUCAAGAUCACCGAAGGGAUGACCUCUGAGCACCCAGUGGAACUUGGCGACGAUGACGAAGAGAUCCCCGCACUCCAGAGAAAGCAGGCGUAUGAUAUGCUGGACAUCUUUGUUCAAACCGACGCAGACAAAUGCCAGUUUGAGAGCUGUCGGAAGAGCAUAUGCAACCCAGCGGAGACGUCUGACAGUGAGGAAUCUGACGAUGAUGACGGCCAGGAUUCUGAUCUGUUGGGUGUCAUGACUCCCUGUUAUCACGUUGUAUGCCCUCAGCAUGUGAAUUUGCUCAAGCAGCAGUGGAGCGAACUCCAAGGCGAGGACGGCUAUGUGGCCUGUCAGUUCUGCGAUACCCGAAUUCGACCCGUAAUGUUCAGUUUGAGCGAGUCCGAAUAUGAUGAGUUCCACGAGGAGCAGGAACGCUUGAGGAAGGACCCCAGGAUGGCAAAGCGGUUGGGCGCAUAUACGGGGCCUCAUACUAAAACAAAAGCCUUGCUUGCAGAGUUGGAGAAGGACAAACAGAUGAGCGCGGCGGAUCCUGACAGCCCUCCAAUCAAGAGCGUCGUCUUCUCCUGCUGGACCUCACAUCUGGACCUCAUUCAAAUUGCGCUCGACGAUAAUCAACACAAGUACACCCGACUGGACGGCCGCAUGAACCGCGCAGCCCGCGACCGAGCACUUCAAGACUUUGCACAAGACCCCAACAUUACGGUCAUUCUCGUCUCCAUUGGCGCAGGUGGAAUGGGUCUUAACCUCACCACUGCCAGCAGGGUCUAUAUGAUGGAGCCGCAAUUCAAUCCCGCAGCCGAGGCCCAGGCUGUUGAUCGCGUUCACCGUCUCGGCCAGAAACGUGAGGUCUUCAUCAAGCGAUUCAUCAUGGAGCAUAGUUUCGAGGAGAAGAUGCUCGAGCUUCAGCGCAAGAAGGUGGCCCUUGCUAAUAUGACCAUGGCGAGGGGGGCAGCCAGUAAGGAGACGCAGAAGCAGAAGCUGGAGGAUCUUAGGAGCUUGUUCCGCUAGACGAUUUUACACGAACUCCCUGGCACCUCCAAUGCUCUCAUGAAUAUUUACUUCGACGAUUGCAGGCUAGCGAAUUCUGGCGCAGAUCG